CUUGGUUCCCCACUUCCAUAAAAGUCUCGCCUUUACCAUAUUCUCCUCUGUUUUGUUCCACCCAACUCAACUCAAACCAGGGGGAAAAAGGCCUCUUUUUUCCAAAACAUUCUUCUCUUCUUAGAUUUCUCUCUUCUUCUCGCUUCUUCUACUGAUAUUUUUAUUCUUGUUCUUUAGAUUUCUUCGGUCAAGGGGAGGAGAAAAGGGGCUCUUUUUCCCUCUUCGUGCUUUGUUUUCUCCGCUGUUCUUCUUCUCCGGGGAAUCGAUGGCGCCGCUUCUCCUCUUGCUUCUGGCGAUCUCGGUGGUUUAUGCGGACGAAGGGGCGUACAUUGGGGCGAACAUCGGGACGGCGCUGUCGGACAUGCCGUCGCCGACUCAAGUGGUGGCGCUGCUGAAGUCGCAGCAGAUCCGGCACGUGCGGCUGUACGAUGCGGACGCGGCCAUGCUGGCGGCGCUCGCCAACACCGGCAUCCGCGUCACCGUCUCCGUCCCCAACGAUCAGCUCCUCGCCGUCGGCCAGUCCAACGCCACCGCCGCCAACUGGGUCGCCCGCAACGUCGUCGCCCACGUCCCCACCGUCAACAUCACCGCGGUGGCCGUCGGCUCCGAGGUCCUCACCGCCCUCCCCAACGCCGCCCCUCUCCUCGUCCCGGCCCUCCGCUACGUCCACUCCGCCCUCGUCGCCGCCAACCUCGACCGCCAGAUCAAAGUCUCCACUCCCCACUCCUCCUCCAUCAUCCUCGACUCCUUCCCCCCUUCCCAGGCCUUCUUCAACCGCUCCCUCGACCCCGUCAUCUCCCCUAUGCUCAAGUUCCUCCAGUCCACCGGCUCCUACCUCAUGCUCAACGUCUACCCUUACUACGACUACAUGCAGUCCAACGGCGUCAUCCCUCUCGACUACGCGCUCUUCCGCCCGCUGCCGCCCAACAAGGAAGCGGUCGACGCCAACACUCUGCUUCACUACACCAACGUCUUCGACGCCAUCGUCGACGCCGCUUACUUCGCCAUGGCUUAUCUGAACAUCACCAACGUCCCCGUCGUCGUCCUCGAGUCCGGCUGGCCCCACAAGGGGGACCCCUCGGAAGAGCCCGAUGCCACCGCCGACAACGCGGACACCUACAACAGCAACCUUAUCCGUCACGUGCUCAACAGCACCGGCACCCCCAAGCACCCGGGCGUCCCCGUCCCGACCUACAUCUACGAGCUCUACGACGAGGACCAGCGGCCCGGGACGCUGUCGGAGCGCAACUGGGGGCUCUUCGAUGCCAGUGGGGUGCCCGUGUACACGCUGCACCUCACCGGGUCGGGGGUGUUGCUGGCGAAUGACACGACGAACCAGACGUACUGCAUCGCGAGGGAUGGGGCGGAUGCAAAGAUGCUGCAGGCGGCGCUCGACUGGGCGUGUGGGCCGGGGAAGGUGGACUGCUCGGUGCUGAUGCAGGGGCAACGAUGCUAUGAUCCUGACACGGUGGAGGCGCAUGCGACGUAUGCGUUCAAUGCGUAUUACCGUGGGAUGGGGAUGAGUUCGGGGACGUGCUACUUCAAUGGGGUUGCCACCGUUACUACCACUGAUCCAAGUCAUGAUGGCUGUGUAUUUCCUGGAAGUGGUGGAAAGAAUGGCACCUUCUUUAAUGGCACAUCGCUGGCACCUGCAUCAAAUUCCACCUCGGCUGAAUCUGCCUCCCCUCACAGUUUCCAUGACACCAAGUUGCUCUUUCAAAUCUUCGGAGUCCUGCUAUUGAGUCUGCUAUUCUUGUAGUUCAUGAUCUCUCUUCUUUUUGUUCAGAGUGAUCUUGGAUCAGAAGCCUUGGAAUUGAAAAUUGGAUUGAAUGUGGACUUCUGAGGGGGGAUGUGCUUCCUUUUUUCGAUGAUGAAGCUUGCUGCAUGGCACACCCAAUUUUGUCUUAUGCUUAGGCGAAGGAUUUUCAUGGAAUUGGAUUAGUUCAUUGCCAUUCCUUUUGUUUCUGUUUCUUUAGUUGGACUGAUUGCAAAUUUUUGUACAAAGAGAUCUAAGUAGUUGAUGAUCCAAGAACUAGAGACUGUUGCUCUUUGAUCACGCUCAUGUCAACUGACAUGUUAUUUAUUGGAAUUGGUUUGUUCCUUUUCAA